AUGGCACAUGCGAAACCUGCUCGUAUCUAUAAACGCGAACCUGCACAAAGGGUGUUCGUCAAUCGGUCACUUCGCAUGGAGAAGAUCAACUACUUCGGUUUCGACAUGGACUACACUCUUGUCCAAUACAAAUCACCUGAUCUCGAAAUCCUUGCCUUCGAACUUGCUGUAGAGCGUCUGAUCACCAUUGGUUACCCGGAGGAAAUUCGAAAAUUCAAAUAUGAUCCGAUUUUUCCAGUUCGAGGUCUUUGGUUCGAUUACGCCUACGGUAACCUUCUCAAAGUUGAUGGCUUCGGAAAUAUCUUAGUCGGCAUGCAUGGCUUCAAAUUUCUGAAGACGUCGGAAAUUGAAGAAAUCUAUCCGAAUAAGUUUCUUCAGCUGUCUGAAUCUCGAGUGUUCGUGCUGAAUACGCUUUUCAAUUUGCCGGAAACACAUCUGCUGGCCUAUCUCAUCGACUUUUUCGACACCCAUCCCGACUAUACGCCGCUCGAGGACAAAACCGGAGUUCGAGGUGGCGAUGUACUGAUGUCAUACAAAUCCAUAUUCCAUGACUGUCGAAGCGCUUUGGACUGGGUUCAUCUCGAGAGCGACAUGAAAGAGAUGAUCAUGCAAAAUAUGGAGAAGUAUGUGGUACGUGAAGAACGUGCACGUGUACUACUUCAACAACUACGAGAAGCUGGACGGCAAACUUUUCUGCUUACAAAUAGUGAUUAUAGAUAUACAGAUAGGAUGAUGUCAUUCGUGUUAGGCAACGACUGGCGAUCUUUCUUCAACAUAACUGUUGUCGACGCAAAGAAGCCGAUGUGGUUCGCAGAGGGAACUGUAUUCCGUAAGGUCGACACAAAAACAGGUGCUGUCACGUUAGGUAUUCACACAGGGCCGCUGAAGGAAGGUGUCGUUUACUCUGGAGGUUCCAGUGACGCUUUUCAUAAAAUAGUGAAGGCUCGAGGAAAAGAUGUUUUGUAUAUCGGAGACCAUAUCUUCGGUGAUGUGUUGAGGUCGAAGAAAUCUCGUGGCUGGAGGACAUUUUUGGUGGUUCCAGAACUGGAUCAUGAGUUAACGGUUUGGACGGACCGUAGACCAUUGUUCGAACAGUUGACCCAACUCGACAACACUUUGGCUGACAUCUACAAGCACUUGGACGCUUCUUCGAAGAGCAAGCCACAAAUUCAUAGCGUUCUUCAACAAGUAAAGAGUAUUAGCCACGAAAUGGACCAGGAAUACGGAGUUCUGGGUUCACUGUUCCGUGCCGGCUCACGAACCACAUUCUUUGCUUGCCAAGUUGAACGGUACGCAGAUCUCUAUGCUUCAUCAUGCUAUAAUCUAGUACACUAUCCGUCUUUCUACUUCUUCCGUGCAGCAAUGCAGCUAAUGCCACAUGAGAGUACUGUGGAUCAUGCAUCAGUACUGAACAGCUCCAAGAAAGAUCUGUUUGCGCGACAACGACAACAGAGUGUCGGGCAGCAAGUACGCGGAUGGACGAAGAAAACCGCGAAUGAGAACGAAUUCUGUCACGAGGAGGAAGAGGACGAGCAAUCCAUCAGUGACGGCGAGCCUCCUGGUGCACGUCUUCGUUCGAAAUCGCUCAGUGACGACACAGCUGAAGAUGAGGUGGCUGACACAGACGUCGUCGGCGUACCACCAGCUUAUGUUGACCACAGAAGUAGACUGAAGCCUGCGAAGCCAAGACGAUCAUUACGCGGAUGGACGAAGAAAACCGCGAAUGAGAACGAAUUCUGUCACGAGGAGGAAGAGGACGAGCAAUCCAUCAGUGACGGCGAGCCUCCUGGUGCACGUCUUCGUUCGAAAUCGCUCAGUGACGACACAGCUGAAGAUGAGGUGGCUGACACAGACGUCGUCGGCGUACCACCAGCUUAUGUUGACCAACAGAAGUAG